AUAAAUUUUUUAAUUGAUUUUUGUUUGUUUGCAGAUUAUUUUAAUUAUUUGUCAACUCGUAUUGUGUAAUAAAAUAAAAUAAAAAAAUUUUAAUCAUGAUUUUUGUGUUAUUUUUUCUUAUAUCAUUGAACAUUGUUUAUUCUCAAUUUCAACCUGAUCGUAUCUACCACAAAUGGGAACCUCGCAACAGAGAAUCAAUUAAUUAUGUUCCUCGACAUAUUUUCGAUCCCUUAAUUCAUCAAGUCCGUACGAAGAGAUCUGCAUCAUCAAAAAUUAGGGAUUACACUAAUAGUGGUAUUGAUACUUAUUGGAACUACAUUCAGGAUUCAUCAGAAAAAGGAAGUAAUAAAUAUACUUCAUUAUUAGCGACGAAAAAACAUUCGAAUUUUCAUUGUUAUUCGGUUUAUCGAACUGCAACUGAUGAUUGGUGUCAAGAUAAUUGUCAACUUGGUUAUUGUCCAACAUCGCAUUGUAUUUGUACCACGAGCCAACCUAAAUUUGUAACAUCAAAUAAAGCUGUGAACUCCAAAUAUGUCUAUGAAUAUGAUGAUAACGACGAUAAUGACGAACAACAAAAACAAACUGAUUUCGAAUCCUAUCAAUGGGACAGCAGUAAAAAUCAAUUGAGAUAUCAAUAAAAAUACCCUUCUUACUGAAUAAACAAAAAAA